CUUUUUGUUUUUUCUUUUUGAGUUUUUCCUGUUGGUUUUUUUGGGUGAUUUUGUAUUUUUAGUUUUUUUACUGAGUUUUUGGCUUGAUCUUUAUGGUAGAACGAUAUUCAAGUUUCAAACGCUUGAGUUUCUUUUGGUUGUUUUGGAAUUGUUCUUUAAUUCUAGCAUAAACCCCUAGCUAGAGAGGUGUUCAAAACCAAAACCCUGAAACCUCACUCUCCAAAUCCCUCUGCUCAAUCGACAACACCGAUCAUGUUUGGAUAAAACUCAUACCAACUACCUCAAAAUUGAAAAAGCUCAGCCCAAUGAGACCUCUUUUCAAUUCCUUUCCCCAGCAACCCAAGCAGCAGUUCCAAUCAAGCUCUGGAGUGGAAAACCAAUGCAGUAAUAACAUUAACAUGUUAAUGACGCAACCGCAGAUGGGUAUUUUAAAUCCUCAACUGCCAUUGCUAAAUAAUGUUGGUUUCAUGAAUGGAACUAACCCACUUCUUCCCACACAAAAUAACCAUCUGGGUUUUCCUCAAUUUGGCCCCAUUUUCCCAAACUUGAACAAUGUUUCAAUGUUCCAACAACUUCCUGGCCAAUUCAAUAACCCUUUGCAGAACCCAAAUCAGCCCAAUUGGUUGAAUUUACCUCAACAAAGCAACAUGGGUCUGACAAAUGGGCAGCAGCGGCCACAACAGCAACUUUUUUUGCAGAAUCAAUUGCAGAAUAUGGGCCAACUUUUGAAUGUCCAAAUCCCAAACCUCUCUCAGUUUGUUUCUGGUGGUCAAACAAUGGGAUUCCUCAAUCACACCGUCUUUCCCAAUAUGCAGUUUGGUUUUAUGCAGCCUAACCAGAUGCAGCUGCAAGCCGACCAGAGUCAGCAAAAUUUAGCAGAUGUUAAUGCAUCCACUCCGUUGUCUGCUGUGGCAGCUCCACAAGGACUAGGAAACCCAUCUUUCAGAAGGCCAAUGGGCGGUCCUGGUAAAAAUAGUCAGAAUUUGAACAAUUUUCCAGGCAGAAAUGUUAAAAGGGAUUCAAAAUGGGGAUUUCAGAAGUCUAAGUUUCAGCAGUCUCGAUUUCAUCAAGCAGAUAAUGAAAAGAGAAAGUUUGCGUCUUCUAAUGGACAUAAGAAAAAAGGGCAGAAUAAUGAGAGGGCAUCUAAAUUUCCACCUUCUAUUUCUGCAAACUCAGAAAAGGAAAAGAGAAGAAGAUCUUUUGCUUUGACCUACACGGAGCAAGAAAUACAACAGUGGCGUGAACAACGUAAGAAGUACUAUCCAACAAAAGACAACAUAAAGAAGAAACUGAGUGGAAAAGUAGCAGACUCUGAGGUUACUGAAUUGCGUAGUGAGCAACUCAAGGAGAUUUUGGCAAAGCAAGCUGAAUUAGGAGUUGAAGUUGCAGAAAUUCCAUCACACUAUCUGUUAGGUUCAGAGAAAAAGGUGAAUAGAAGGGAAGAGAACAGUAGGCCAGCAACCAAGAGGGGGAGAUUUGAAAUGAGACAUGAUAAAAGAGGCCGAUUUGAUAAGAGAGACCGUUUUUCCAAGAAACAAAGAUCAAUUAACGAGGAAUCAUUUGGUGGCACUUCUUUCAACAAGAGGAGCCCAACCCUUUUGCAGAAACUUCUUAGUGCUGAUAUAAGGAAAGAUAAAAGCCGUUUGUUGCAAGUUUUUAGAUUCAUGGUUAUAAAUUCUUUCUUUAAGGAUUGGCCUGAGAAGCCCUUGAAAUUUCCUUUGGUAGUUGUUAAAGAUGGUUUGUCUGAGGGUGAGAUAGUUCAAGAGAAACCCCUGCCUGUUGGGAAAGAUAAUAUUGAAGUCUGCAACAAGACAAUGAUCCAAAGUAUUGUUGAUGGUGAUAGUGAUCAUAAGACUAAAGAUGGUAAUGCUGGUCAUGAUCAUGGCAAUCACUAUGAGAAUGAUGAUGAUAUUCAAAACAACAACAAUAACAGUGUUGGUGGUGAUGGUGACAAAAACGACGAGGCUAAAUUUGUUGGGGAGAGAGCUGAUAUUGGAGAAGAAAUUGUGAAGAAUGAUGAAGAAGAGGGAGAAAUCAUUGACUAGUGCCUGAUUUGGAUGUAUGGUGGGAGCCCUCUCACCAUGCCGAGUCUACAUUUUAUGAUUGAACCCUUUCUUCCCUCCAGAAGAGGCCCAUGAAUCCUGUUUGUGCAUAUGCAUACCAUAUUUGGUUAGGGGUUUCUUGUAAUUUAGUCUGUGCUUUAGUUUGAAUUUGGUUUUCUUUUUCUUUUGUUUGAAAUAUAUGGCUUUAAGGUCUCACUAGUCUUUUAAAUUUAUAUGGAAACAUAUCUAUUUUUCACUGAAACUUUGGGGCAUUAUGCAAUUUUUCGAAAGUUGAAAAUGAAUGAUAAUUGAAAGUCCAUAGAA